CCAUGCAAGUAAGAAUUUCGGUCUCCAUCUCUCGCUGAUAAAUACAUACAUCCAUCUUCUAUCCCUCAUUUUUCGAACCUUCCUUUCUUUACUUCUCUCCACCUUUGACCUCAGAUGAGGACCUCAUUCCCCCAUCGGCGAGUUUUUACAUGCUAAGACUCGCACUUCGAACCCUCACAACAACCAAAAUGACCCCCCUCAAAACCGUCGCAAUAAUAGGAGCCGGACCCUCAGGCCUCAUCGCAGCAGCCAAACUCGCACCAACGCACCACGUGACGCUCUUCGAAAAAUCGCCCCGCAUAGGCGGCCUCUGGCCGCUUUCUCCUGACCAAAAUGAGGGAGGUGUGAGUCCGGAGAUGCAAACGAAUCAGAGUCGGCAUACGGUGGCGUUUUCGGAUUUCUCGUGGGGGGAGGGGAAGAGCGAGUUUCCGCGGGCGUGGGAGGUGGGCGGGUAUUUGAAGGCGUAUGGGGAGAGGUAUCUGGGGGAGGGGACGGAUGUUAGGUUUGGGGCUGAGGUGAGUAGGGUGAGCAAGAGGGGUGAAAAGUGGGGGGUUGUGGUUAAAGGGGAGAGAAGCGAGGAAGAGAGGGAGUUUGAUUUUUUGGUUGUGGGGACGGGGUUUUUUGGUCGGGAGAAGAUUCCUGAUGCCUUGAAGGGAGAGAAGAUCAGUGUGCCGGUGUGGCAUAGUUCGAAAGUCAGGGAUGUCAAGGAUUUUCUGACGGAUGGAGGGAAGAGGGAUUUGAAGGGUGUGAAAGGACGGAAUAUCGUGGUUGUAGGAGGGCAGAUGAGUGGUGUUGAGACGGCGGCUGCGGUUGCGUUGCAGAUUUCUUCGUUGACGAAUAGUCCUGGUGAUGAGGCCGAGGCGAGGGAGUGGGGUGCUUGGACGGUUACUCAUGUGGUGGGGAAACCGGUUUGGGUUAUGCCGUUGUUUUUCCCUCGGGAUCCGGUGGGAGAGGAUGGGGAGGGUGUUAAGAAGAAUAAUUCGUCCCCGGAAUUCUUGCCGCUGGAUUUAGUUAAUUAUAAUCUGGGCUGGAGACCACCGGGACCGAUUCAGAAUACGUCGGGACAUAUUUCUGUUGAGGGUGCGCAAAUGGUUCAUGGGUUCAUGAAUACGUAUAUUGGGACGGAUCAGACGGAAUACGGUGUUCCUGUCCUGAAUAUGACGGGCAAUGCUGUGAGGAAUGAACCGCCGAUGUUGGCUUGUAGUGAUUACUACACUGAAUUUGUGAGGGCAGGGAAGAUUAAGGUUGUGGAGGGGAGGAUGAAGUCUAUUUCCAGCGAGGGGACGAGUAUGGAGGUCGAAAGCUCAUCUGGAAAAGUUGAAGAAAUCUCCGAGAUUGCUGCUGUCAUAUCGGCAACAGGCUUCGAUGCUUCUUCAUCACUCAGCUUCCUACCAGAAGAGCUAUUACAACAACUCCAAUUCGAUCCCAACGACGACGGCUUCCCAUUGGCACUCAAUGUCCACACUGUCGUGAAUCGCUCAAUCCCCUCUCUAGGUUUCGUUGGCUUCUACAGAAGUCCAUACUGGGGAGUAAUGGAAAUGCAAGCACGAUACCUCGCCAAACUAUGGAGCGGCGACGCCAAAGCACAACAAGCAUUAGCUGACGACAAAACCAUGGACACAAUGCUCAAACUCAGAAACAAUCCUCGAAGAGCGCAGUUCCCCAUGGGCGAUUAUGCCUAUCUCAUGGAAUCCUUCGCCGAAAUCCUAGACAUCAAGCGAACCGAGCCCGAAAACUCGACUGGACGCUCAGGAAUCGUUCUUCCUCCCCGCUAUCUCCCCUCCACUACCUCACCCGCUCAAGUUCAAGAAGCAGAAAACGAGCUCUCGAUCAUUGACCGCAUUUUCACCGCCUCUUCCACAGCAGGGAAAUUCGUAGCCCGAGCCACCUUCCGCGCCCUGCAAGGGACAUGGCACCUCGACCGCACAAUCUCAUCUCAACUCCCCACCUUCCCAUCCGGCACGCUCUCCGGCACAGCAUCUUUCCUGCCCCGUUUCCCUACAAGUAAAGAGGCGGAUAUGGAGUACCUCUAUUUCGAGGAAGGCGACUUCCGACCCAGCUGGGGCGGCACCAUGACUGCGAAACGGAGCUAUAUCUAUCAUUACCAGGAGAAGAGUGAUGCGAUGGACGUCUGGUUCGCGAAAGGUGAUGGCAAGACGAGCGAUUAUUUUUUUCAUCGACUUGAGUUUUUGGUUGAGGGGAGGGAGAGGGAGUUGGGGGAGCCGUGGAGGGCGAGGAGUUCGCAUUUAUGUAUAGAGGAUUUGUAUAAUGUGGAGUAUGAGUUCUAUUUUAGGGGGACGGUGGUUGAGAGGUGGACGUCGAGGUAUAAUGUUAAAGGGCCGAAGAAGGACUAUGUGAUUGAGAAUUUGUAUACGAGACCGGUGAGGGCAGUGGGCAUGUAGAGGUAGAGUUGUGGGUGUUGGCGUUUCGAGUCAUAGAAUAGAGGUCGUU